CAUCUUUGACAGUUCGAAAUCAUGCUAAUGUUAAAAACCGACAUCGACUUCCUUCUUUUUAUGUACGGUCUUUAUCGCUGUAUGUUUGCGGUCCGCUAGAUACAAAAUUAAAUCAAAGACAAAAUGGUUCGCAUGAAUGUUUUGGCCGAUGCCUUGAAAUGCAUCAACAAUGCUGAAAAGCGUGGAAAACGUCAAGUUUUGUUGCGCCCAUGCUCAAAGGUCAUCAUCAAGUUUUUGACUGUCAUGAUGAAACAUGGAUACAUUGGCGAAUUUGAAAUCGUCGACGAUCACCGUUCCGGCAAAGUUGUCGUUAAUCUAACUGGCCGUCUAAACAAAUGCGGGGUCAUCUCACCAAGAUUCGAUGUUCCAAUCAACGACAUCGAAAAAUGGACAAACAACCUUUUGCCAUCACGUCAAUUCGGUUACGUUGUGUUGACCACAAGUGGAGGUAUCAUGGAUCACGAAGAAGCCAGACGAAAACAUCUCGGAGGCAAAAUCCUCGGUUUCUUCUUCUAAACACAAUAUAAACAUUAAGAGGAACUACGUUACUUCUUUUUGAUUUCGAAACAUUAAAUAAAAGAAAAAAAAAACAAAUACCAACCUAAAAAGUG